AUGGACCGACGCAACAGCAACAACGACGAGCCAUCGCGACGGCCGAGCAACCCCGAUGUCUUUGACGACGACUACGAAGUUGAUCCGGACGAGGAUGAUUUUAUGCCCUCGGUCUCGGAUGGCUUCCGACCAGCGAACACGAGCGAGGCAUGGCAGGGCGGCCGCCAGAAUCACGACCGGAUAGCAGACGCGCCGCAACGGCAAGCCUCGACAUCGAAACACCCCGAGACGGACCUGCGAAGGACGGCAACGCGAAACAGCACGGCCAAAGUGCGGGACUCUAUGACGCAAGACGGCCGACCACCCCUCAACCGUGGACCCAGCCACCACUCGCCCCUCGCACAUCGCGACUCAGUGAGCUCUACCGGAUCCUUCGCAACGACCAGCAACUCGGAGAACCCGUUCGAGACGGGCCCGAGCCACCCAUAUGGCAUGUACCCCCAGCUAUCAAUGGCACGGCCACUCAGCGUAGCAACAAGCUCCACCGAGCGCCAGCCGCAUCGAUCAAUGUCACUGCAACGCCCGACACAUCCCUACGCCAUGUACUCGCAAAGCGGUAUUGCCGACGAAGAAUCACCAGACGAGCCAGCCCAGCCACCCGUGCCUCAGGUCCAGUCAGCUAUUCCUGUGGGAUUUCCGGGUCUGAACAACGGCUACCACAGAGUGCUUGGGCCUGAUGGCGAGGAGCAGGACAUCAUUGGGCCCGACGGUCACACUGAGCAGCUUCCCCCCUACUCGAGAUAUCCAGAGGAAGGACCAACCAAGGCAUCUUUGGCAGCUGAGGCAAGCGCAUCGUCGCGUGUGAUUCCGGCACCUGUCCAGGUCGAUGCAGAGGAUCCUUUCAACACCCCCGCAUCACCCGUCUCACCACUGAGCACCACUUCCUUCUCGCCACCUUCUCUACCUGCCGCUCCUCUAUUACCUUCGGUUACACCCGCGCGCUUGCCACCUCAAAGACCCGAAACCCAGACCGGCAACUUGGCGCCUGCCAGCUCCACCUCCGUGCAAAGCGGCACUGUUCCAGCGGAACCCUCUGACUCGUCUUCUUCAUCUUUACUGGCGACAGAGAACCACUUCUCAGAGAAGGCGGAGCCAGUCGCGACCAAGAUUAGUUGGCGGAAGAGGAAGCUGUGGGGAAAGGUGCCCAUGGGUGUCGCCCUUGCAGUUCUCAUUCUCGUAUUAGUCUUUGCUGUCGCCCUCGGAGCAGCUAUUGGUACCUUUGCUGCCAAGAAACACAACGACAACGACGACCAAAAUGAGAAUGAAAACCCUCAUGAGGAAGCUCAACCUCAAGUCACGGGUCAGAAUGGAUCACUCUUCGACGCAGUUCCCAUCUCAACACCCGCUGGGCUCUUACCACUGCCAACCGGCUCUUUCGCACUUCCUCUGGGUAUUCCUCAGGAGAGCAACCCUGGAUGUUUGACACAAGCAAACCAAUAUUCUGCAUGGUCAUGCAAGAUGACCUUCGCUCCACUUGUCGUAACUAUCAAUGACACCGUCAUUGGUGGUGAGACUCAGCAAGUUGCGUCCAUAGGUAGCGGACCUUCUGUGCCCAAAGGUUCCAUAUUAUACGGCCUUCAGACUCCUUUACUCGAUACCAAGCCAAUGGAACUAGUGCUCGACCUCGACUACAAAGCCUAUGGCCCAGCCUAUCACUUCUCUGCUCGAUACGACAAAAUAGUCAUCCUGCCGCCCGACGAGCUCAAUUUCGGGUCAGGACUCACAAAGCGACAAGACAACAAGUAUCGACAGCGUUUCGAGGUCAAACCUGGCGACUAUCCUUGGUACUGCUACUGGAACAAUACCUACAUCGAGGGUUACAUCUACUCUGAUGACAACUCGACAGCUGCCGCUUUCACGUCGUUUCCUACUCAAUGGCCUACGCCCACACCUGACCCGACCGGUGCUGGUGCCGUGAACGUUGCUGUAGCAGCAACGUCAGCCAGUAGUACUACAAGCUCUGCACAGCCUGCUGAGGCGUCUGCCACGCCUUCCCCAGUCAACCUGGCAGUACCAGCAUCACUUGCGGCAAGAGACUCCGCUUCCGAUGCUUCUUCACCUCCUCGCAUGCCACCUUAUCCCCGGAUCGUCAAGAUUGAAGAACGCCGGCUCCCUGACUCGCCGCAAGCAUACUGCCAGCAAAUGCUUCUACUCGACAACGGCGAGAUAACAUCGGCACCCAGCCCGAAUGACAGUCCGAUCAGAAUCUGGCUACAAGAAUUAGACCCGACCUACGAAGAGUACUUUGCAGCUCAACCUUCCCAGACAAUCACAUUCGACAGGAAGAGUAAGCGCGAAAGCUCUGCUGACAUUCAGCGUCGUAUGGAUCCUCCAGAUGCCUGUCACUGUCAGUGGAUGUUCAAGUGA